AUGGCGUGGACAAACUUCGUGAUCACGGGCGCGGCCAUCGUCGCCGUGGCGUCCUUGAUGCGUUCGGAUAUUCGAACGAGCACGUCGAUGUUACGACGGAACGUGAAGACGAUUCGAAAGAUGAUGGAAGACGUCUCGAACGGGGAAAGCAUCGGGGAGGUGGUGAAGAAAGGCGAGGAGGAAAUCGCGAAGAAGCUGAAGAAGUGA